AAGGUACAGAACGAAACGCGAGACAAUAUAACAGAUUGUGUGAGCAAAAAGAAGUAUAUCUUCUCUUUACUAAAAACUCAUUCAGUGUAUUGCUUAAAUUCAAGUUUCGUUUGUAUCAAAGUUAUACGUAACAUAUGUGUAAAGAGUGAUACGUUGCUUGUAAUAAACGUGUAUGGUAGGGCGGUGUCCUCCCCGUGAGUGAACCGGUCAUUUUGUCACACUGAUUUCUAAGAAAUACCAAAUUAUUCUGAAAAAAAAUUUAGAGCACAGAGGAUGAAUGAACUGGACAACCUUAGACAGGAGGCGGAAACUCUAAAAAACGCAAUCAGAGAUGCGAGAAAAGCUGCUUGUGACACGAGCUUGGUGCAAGCUACAAACAAUCUUGAGCCCAUUGGACGUAUUCAGAUGCGCACUAGGCGAACAUUGCGUGGACACUUGGCUAAGAUUUAUGCCAUGCACUGGGGUAGUGACUCACGUAAUCUCGUGAGUGCAUCUCAAGAUGGUAAAUUGAUUGUAUGGGAUAGUCACACGACAAAUAAAGUACAUGCCAUCCCAUUACGCAGUUCUUGGGUUAUGACAUGUGCAUACGCACCAAGUGGUAGUUUCGUAGCGUGUGGAGGCUUAGACAACAUCUGCAGCAUCUAUAGCUUAAAAAAUCGCGAGGGGAACGUACGCGUGUCGCGAGAGUUACCUGGUCACACAGGCUACCUUUCAUGUUGUCGCUUUUUAGACGAUAACCAGAUAGUUACAAGUUCUGGAGAUAUGUCAUGCGGUUUGUGGGAUAUUGAAACAGGACAACAGGUGACAUCAUUUCUCGGACAUACUGGUGAUGUGAUGGCGCUCAGUCUCAGCUCUCAUUGUCGCGCCUUCGUUUCAGGCGCAUGCGAUGCUAGCGCAAAGCUUUGGGAUAUCCGCGAUGGACAGUGCAAGCAAACGUUUCCAGGCCAUGAGAGUGAUAUCAACGCGGUCACGUUCUUCCCAAAUGGCUUUGCCUUUGCCACAGGAUCAGAUGAUGCUACGUGCCGAUUAUUUGAUAUUCGUGCAGAUCAAGAACUGGCAAUGUAUAGCCAUGAUAACAUAAUAUGUGGAAUAACGUCUGUAGCGUUUUCUAAAAGUGGUCGCCUUCUACUUGCUGGUUACGAUGACUUCAAUUGCAACGUAUGGGAUACGAUGAAGGCUGAGAGGGCAGGUAUACUUGCUGGGCAUGAUAAUCGAGUUUCAUGUCUUGGCGUCACUGAGAACGGCAUGGCUGUAGCUACAGGAUCGUGGGACUCAUUUCUACGUGUAUGGAACUAAAAUAACCAUAUUUGAAUUGAGUUUCUGAAAGCCUUUCAAUCAGCGCUCUGCCCAAAAUAUGUAUAUGAAAGUUGAUAAAUUUGUGGCGUUCAAAAAUUUACGUAUACCCACACACAUAUACAUACAUCACAUUCAAAAUGUAAGAAUAAAGCCAAGGCCCGCCAUACAAUAAAUUUAAACGAUUAAUGGUCAUAGCAUUUUCUCUACUUAAAAGCAUCAAAUUCAUAGCAACGGUCAGAAAACCACAAAUAUUCUAAUAUAAUUUUUUGAGGUUACUCAUAUUUUAAAUAAAUUUCAUGUUAUUUGAAGACUUUUUAACUUUACUUUCAAAUGGAAAAUAUGUUUAUUCAAUUUUACAAUUGUCAUAAGCACUGUUGAUUUUGAUAAUCCUGUAUUCCUAAUCUAUUGAUAGUCUGGAUUUAUAACAUAAAUGAAUUUAUUUUAAUUGGAAUUAAAGAUGCUCAAAACAGAAAGGAAUUCAACGUAAUGGGAGAAGUAAAGUGAAGAUUGAGAGUAAAAAACAAAUAUAUAUACACGCUACUUAAGUCUAUUUUGUAUUUCACAAUUGUUCUCGUGGAAUUCAUAAUAGUAAACCGAUACUUAAUGUAUUAACUUUGUGUAAAUUUAGACUUAUGAAAGAAUAUCACAAAAUAAAAAAAAACUCAGUAUAAUUCAAAGUGCUAAAAGUUUGUCGUCAUAGAAUAGGUGAAAUACAAAAUUUUUAGGGUUUAUAAAAAAACUCAGGAAGUUAUUUCUCGUAAUUUAUUAUAACCUUUAUAUGAAGUUCUCUCUGGUUUUAGAUACUUUUGAGAAAUUUCAGAAUUUUUUCGUGAUACUGAAAUAAAUUUCUUGAUUUAAGAUUUUAUUCACUGACCCCACAACUCUUAGUUGCAUCGAGUCCAUAAAUGUACUACUUUAAACACAUAGAAUCGAUUUCACAUAAUCUUAUUAUGAGUUCAUGCUGAGCAAUUGAUUUUAAUUAAAAAAAAAAACGACUGGAGAAAAAAACAAUAUAGAUGAAAACUUAAGAUAAUGUUAAAAAACAAUAUUUUAUGUUGAUUUUUUUUGUGUGAUAUUGUCUCUCUGUGCGGUGUGCAUUUCGCUUAUUUUUUAUAUCUCUUGCUCCUAUAGAAGCAGAAAAAAUAUUGAUUGGUGUGUGUAGUGGCCAGUUGUUGGAUUUGAUUUGACUCAACACGAAAGACUGCGAAAUUGAAGAAACACGGAUUUACAAAUCUCUCACAUACAUUCCCACCUUAAGUGAUCCUCUGAAAAAGGUUCUGCAAAAAAGAUUCCUGACCUGUAGAUAAUCUUCAAAUACUUACGCAAGAUCUUUCGUGUACAAAUCAGAAGGACAAGACGCAUACAUUACUGGAAAGAAGAGUCGUUUAUUCAAUUCCCUGCCGAUGCAACAUUUAAAUGGUCAAAUCAAUAUAGAGAGUCAAGAAGAAAUCGAGUAGGACAACACAGAAGAAGUGUACAGCAAAUGCAGAGGACCAUAAAGGAGAACAGACCAGAAAAUGUUGUCAGCGCCUUGAUCAGUCGCUUAAGAGGAACAAACCAUUAAGUUCGAUCUUCGACGAUGUAAGCAUAUUGGAUAGCAGGGAAGAACAAAGAAUUAGAGACUCUUAAAUCGCUGCAUAUCAACCUAACAAAACACAAAAAUAAUAAUAAAAAACUUGACAUCAACUGUACCCUUUACACGGGAAUACUAAAAAGAUAAAAAUGUAGAUCAGUAGAAACAAAAUUUUUCACUUAAAAAUUAUAAAAAUUUUGUUAUUGACAUUAGCGCCUCUGGCGGUGGUCCGAUGAACUUCUGUUGUUCUAAAUAGUCGUAGAGUUUUGCAAGAGAUUUCCAACGAGACCUGAAUUAUUAAGAUCGUAUAAAAAUAACCAAAGUUUUAGCGUAUUUAAAAUAAAACUUCAAACCGUCAAAUCUUCGGUUCUAUUGCAUCCACAAAAAACUAUAACCUAUUUUCAGAGACAUUCUGCUCUGGGCUACAACGUACUGAAAUUAAAAAAAUUAUGAUCUAGUCACCGAGAUACAGGCGUUCAAAGGUUUUUUUUUUAAUAUGGCGACAUUUGUUAUGACGUCACAGAUUAAUGGUGAAUAGGGCCUACUGAAGGGCGUCGAGACACAUCUUUCAGUGAAGAGAUUAUCGAAAUAGGUUGAUAAACAGCGGAGAUAUGGACUGGUAAAGGUGUGAACUUUGACCUUCCAUAUCUCCGCUUCUAAUAAAUAGGGCCCUAAAAGUAACGGUUCGUUGGAAAGGUCUCGACUUUAGCUGCAACAUACCAAAAUUUGGGCCUGAUUCAUGCCAUAAGAACUGAACAAUUGAGCAAAGUGUAUUAUGGGGGUGUUCAAAAUAGCGUUCGUAGGGGUGGGGGGUUGGAUUUGUCAAAAAAAUCUUCAUUACCACUGCAUAACCAUUCAUUGCAUUCAUCGAGUUUUGCCUCAGACAGUGAUCAAAUUCAGAUCAAAUAUCUGCAUAUAAUGAUUUUUUUUCGUAUUACGAAAUAAAAAAAUGAAUCAAAGAGUAGUGAUUCCAUAUUUCAAAUGGUAAAGGGUUGAUUUAACUUGUGCAAGAAGAGAAAAAAAGGAAUUAUACGAACCGCACGGCGCAGUAAAGACAUAAUUACAUACAAAGAUUCACCAUAAAAUGAUGUGUCUUCACCAUAAUAACACACCAAAAAUUAUAUAUAGUUGCUUUAAAAUGAAAAAACUGUCGAAGCUUAGCAACUAUGGAUAAAAUUGAAUUAUAUGGUUUUGUUUUGUGGUUUUAACGAAUUAAAUUCUCUUUUUCCCAUUUUUUAUUAAACUUUGUAAGAGAAAAAUUCUUUGAGUUAUCGUUCAUUAAAAAUUUCUGCUAUUUUAUAUUUAAAUGAAACAUAUAAACUGAAACAUAUUUCUAGCUCAACGUAAAAUUUGUAAAACAUUGAUAUGCUAGAGAUCAUAAAAAUUAUGUUUUUGAAACCCUGUACAUAAAAAAGAGAAUAAGUGUAAUUGUAUACUUUAUAGGUUAAGUAAACAGAAGAGUGUAGCAUAAAGAUAUCAAAAGCAUUAUACUAGAUUCAUACACACGUUAAAUUUUAAGAAAGUUUAUAUCAUCAUUUAUCGUAAUAAUGACUCUAGUUUUUUUAUGUCCAACUGUUCAACUGUCCACUUACAGCCUUUCCUGUAGUUUUUGCUUAUCUCUCUAUACCACUGAUCACUUAAAAACAAAAAAGUGGUAUGUAGUGUACACGUAUAAAACAUACUAAUGGUAUACUCGUAGGUCCUCUCGAGGUAACUUCGAAUAUGCACUAGGUGCAUAUUAUGUAAACCAAAUGUAAUAAUCAAGUAAAGUUUCUACUUAUUUUGAGAUGAAUAGUUUCAUACGUUAUAAAGAAAAUCAUAUAGCUCAAUUCGUUAAAAGAGCACAUCUUUCAUAACAACUAUCUAUCAUCUGAAAAACAGCCAUUAUUUAUGGAUAUACGGCAAAAGUUAUGGAAUAAAAGUGUAUUUAUACUGAGAAGAAAAUUUAUAAUUACAGGCGUCUAAACUCAAACAAAAAGAAACAACAUGAAAUUUUGCGUUCACUCAUGUAGUAAAGAUUAUUCAGUAUAGAGAAUAAUGCAUAUAAACCUUGGUAUAAGAAUAGAGUACUAUUCAGUUAUUAUAAAUUUAGUCCUAAAUUAAUAUGUAAUGAGUAACAGAAGUUAGCUCAUAUGUGAAAUAAGAAGGACUGAAAAUACUUCUGGGGGUCUCACUUAUAAUGUAACGUAAGAGUUAGUUAGAAAAUUUACUACAACAUGCAUUAUUUUAAAAACAAAACAGUUUUCCUUAGUUUCAUUACCUGCGUAAUAAACGUACGAUAUUCACACAUUUCGCGGUACUGGUUCUAUAAUUUAAAUCUGAUGUGACCUAUUUAUGAAACAUCUCGUCCCAAACUAUAACAUAUAACACCCAUGAAGCCUUCCAUGACCUGAAAGACGGGAGCAAACAUGAGAAAGUACGUUGCGUUAGAAAAGUCUGUAACAUCCUCCCACGAAUUGACGUAAGUUUCAUCUGUGCUCAUUGUUAUCAAUUUAUGAAGUAGGCGAAGAGUACGCUCACACAAACUUAUUAUACUUAUGAGCGAUAAAAAUAAAACAUAUUCAGAAAGAAAACACUUGAGGUGUAUUUCAAUGUAGGAAUUAUUUAGUUUUUUACUUUUGUGAUUUUGGAUUGGACGAGCGAUAACAGUUAGUAGUUAUUAUAUAAAUCCAUGCUUCUAAUUAUGAUGCAAAUUUCCAGUUCCUUGAACA